UGUAGAAUGUGUAAUCUCCCACGCUAUGAGCGGUUUAUCCGGGGCGAUAGAACCGUGUGUAUACCCAGGUAGUUCAGGUGGACGUGCUUGUGACAGUGGGACCAGCCAGGGCACCUUACCAUCCAGCAUGGAGACGCUACCAAGCGACAUGGUCGACGGCGAAUACAGCGAGGAAGACGACGCAGAGGAGACGUGGGGCAGAUUGUUUCCUCUGGGAGCUAGCUUCGUUGCAGUCGAUAUGGUGAAGGAUGAGUAUACAUUUGGCAGGGGAGACAACUGUGAUGUGUCUUUCAAUGGAACUUCAGCAGCUCGGAAGAACCAGUGUUUCCAAGCCUACAGCAAAGUUCAUUUCAAGCUAAUCCGGCAAAGCACCAGCACAGGCGUUCAUGUGUUCCUGGAAGACACCAGCAGCAAUGGAACUUUCAUCAAUGGCGAGAAAGUUGGAAAAGGGAACAAGCAGGUUUUGAACAACAAUGAUGAAAUAUCUCUGGCUCUAAAGAAGAACAAAGCUUAUGUGUACAUGGACUUGAAGUCAAAUGAAGAUGCAGAUUUACCCAAAGAACUGACAGAAAAGUACACACUAACCAAAACUCUUGGAAGGGGAGCUUGUGGGGAGGUGAGGUUAGCUUUUGCCAAAGGAUCUUGUGAGAAGUAUGCAUGCAAGAUAAUCUCCAAAAAGAAGUUCUCAGUUGGAGGAAAGUCCCAACUAAACAUGGCGUCCCAGGUUAUGAGUGAAGUAAAAAUACUAAAAGCGUUAAAACAUCCAUGUAUCAUCAGGAUAGAGGACUUGAUAGACAAUCCUGACACUCUCUUCAUUCUCCUCGAGCUGGUGGAAGGGGGGGAGCUGUUUGACCGGGUGGUCAGCGUGGGGCAGUUUGACGAACCUACGGCCAAACUGCUCUUCUACCAGAUGAUUGCAGCCUGUAAGUAUCUACAUGACCAGGGCAUUACUCAUAGGGAUUUAAAGCCUGAAAAUAUUUUGUUGGCCUCCGACUCAAAUGACACUGUGAUAAAGGUGACAGAUUUUGGAUUAUCGAAAUUUGUCGAUGCUGGGUCUCUUAUGAAGACUUUCUGUGGCACGCCUACCUACCUGGCACCGGAGAUCCUGAUCACUGCCGGAAGUGGAACAUACACCAAAGCCAUUGACGCCUGGAGUCUGGGAGUUAUCCUGUUUAUUAUGCUGUCUGGUUAUCCACCUUUCUCGGACGAGAGGAAGGACAUGGACCUCCCUAAACAGAUUAUGGGUGGACACUUCAGCUUCCCCCCUCAGUACUGGGAGGGGGUGCCAGAAACAGCCAUUGAUUUGAUCAAGAAGUUGAUGACAGUUGAUCCAAAGAAGAGAAUCACGCUUUCAGAGGCCUUGCAACAUCCGUGGUUUAAGGAUGAGGAGAUGAAGAUCAAGGCCAAUCAACUGAUGUACCCAGAAGCAGACGGAAUGGUGCCCCCGACGAUGGUGCCAGUGGGCAAGAAGAGGACGAUGGAUGGAUGUGGCGAGGAGCCGCCCACUAAAAGGAAAGGCUCAGCAGACACCACGUCCCCUCCGGAAACACCCUGAACAAAGAGUAUGUGCUGUCCUGACUGUGGAUGUCAGGCUCGGACCUUGGGGCUUGCUGCUCUCACACUACACCUGUCCUGAAAUCACACAUCACCUUGGCUCGGACCUUGGGGCUUGCUGCUCUCACACUACACCUGUCCUGAAAUCACACAUCACCUUGGCUCGGACCAUGGGGGCUUAGGCUAUUCACUUUCCAUUCUGCAAUCUGAAAUAUAGAUAUACUGAAAUAUUAACUAAUAAGAACAGGGAAACAUUCAGGAAGAGACCAUACCCUUCAAGCUGAGCACAUUUGUGAUGUUGAUGUAAUAUCAGCUACUUAGUAUCAGUACUGAUAUCAUAACAUACCUUAGCACCAGUAUUGAUAUGCCAGACAGUUAAGUAUGAGUACUUGUCAGAUCAAUGUCUUAUAUCUCAGUACUGAUAUCAAUGGAACAAGUUUGUAUUAUUAAAACUGUGGAAAGUAGUAAGGUGGGCAUGUGCUUACAUUCUGGCAUGAAAUGAGCUUGUCAGGAGUGAAUGUAAGUUCUUCAGCAGCUGGGCAGGACGAGUGUGUGUGUUCCAUCUGUGACUGUUGACCAAAACACUCACUGUGUUGUGGCUUACAGAGACACUGGCAACAGAAAUGUCUUCUCAUCAUGACAAUCAGAAAUAGAAAGAAUUUCUCAAUCAAAAUUAAUGUGUUGGUGUUGAUGUCGCUGAUUCCAUUGGACAGGGAAACAGGCAUGUGUAUCAGAUUCUCUGUUGUAGAGGACUUGUAUCUGUUAUAUGCUUAAAUCCUUCUGUCAUUUGAUAAUGCCUUCGUCUUACCAGUAGGGAUAAGGGUGCCCUUAGUCUAAGGUGCCACAAUUCGCUGUGCAGAGUUGCAUCCCUUUGGCAUGCCAGAAACCUAUGUUUAUGGGUAUGAAUCCCAGUUCAUCUUGAUUAUGUCUCCAGGUUUGUCAGCACUAUGCCCAUGCUUGUGGGUUUCACCGAAGUGGUAAAUGUCUGAAACUCUAACUCAUGACUCUAACUUUCCUCCCACAUUAUGACGACUCACCGUGAUAUAACUGGAAUACUGUUCAAAGCUGUGUCAAAGCCACGUCACUCACUUAUUCUUUAUUGAACAUUUAAUUAUUUUUUUGCGAAUUCAGGAUUUUUUACAUCAUUGUUAUUGCCCUAUUAUUUAUAUUGUUCUGUGAUUUCAACCGUUUUGCAUUUAGACAAGACACUUUAUGUGGUUGGUCUUCAGUGUUGUGCCUGGGCUGCAGCAGAACCAUGCUUGCUGAUACAGCAACAUCACAUCCAUAACAGAUGUCAGCGUAUAUAUCUGUCAUAUCGGACCAUGGACCACGAAGUAGUGGUUACCGUGGUUACAAUUACAUCAAAAUCAUAAGUAUAAAUAUACAUAAAAUUUGGCAUUGAUGUGUUGUGAUAGUUCUUCUUCUGUUGACUUCUUAAAGAUUUAUUCAGUCUUUUUCCUGUUUCCAGUGUAUAAUUAACUGUGAAGAGAUCAUACAUACAACAUGUUAGCAGAACAGUUCCUCACGCUCUUGUAAGUGGCAUUAUGCUUAAUUAUAGUUAAGCUUUUUUAAUUUCAUCUCAUUUCAAAAUGUUCAAUUUGACAUUUCUAAAUAUAUCACAUUCUUCACAAAUUUUUAAGGAUUUUGUUGGAUGUAGUUUUUACAUUAAUUUUCCAUUGUAAAUAUGACCAUACAUGUAUUUGGAAAAUUGUUGGACAUGUCUGAUGUGUAUUCAUUUUCCCUCAUCUUCCAUAGAAUGAUAGUAAGUGGUAAUCACUAUUUGAAACAAUACCAGCAAGUGAGCACGAUAUUUCUCAAUAUGUGGAAAGUAGUGUCAUUUUAACCUAAGCAUGUUGAAGAUGCAAUGAGGCCCAUGGUACUUUGUUUGUUCAUGGUCACAGUGAUGCAGUUGGCAGAACUUAAUGGCAUGUGUUUAGUUUGUCAUACCCGCAUCAGCAUGUUUGCCCACUACCACAUUAAAGCUUGCUUUGAUAGAAUACUACUAUGUGUGCAUGUAUGGAAAAUGUAAUUUUCAGUCUGGUGAGGCAUUUUAGUUACUAGUUUAUGGAUCUUUGUUCCCAAAUGUGGAAUGGGGAUUUGAGAACUAUCAUUUUUCUUCAUUUUUAGAUUCCUUCUUUGUAGUUUGCAUGGAAUAUUACAACAAACCUUUUUAGACAUACUCGCUCACAUAACACAUGUAACAUAUGUAUUUACUCAAGUAGGUCUUCACUUUUGUGAAGUGUUGGCGACACUUGAAUCCUUCCUCUGUUAAGUCUCCCUUUAAGAACUCCCUCAGGUUAACCCACCAACUCUAUGCUGAUUUCACCUGCCACAAGCUAGUUCCCAUUUUGUUUUAGGUGAGAAGCCAUUCUGUUACAUUUAUCCUAGAUCCUUCCUACGCUGUAAGGAUAUCCCGACCCACAUUAAACACAGUAGGUAGAACUCAUCAUUUAUCAUGCCAUGCCGUGUGGUGGCUAACUAGUGGGACUUGAUGGACCAAUGUUGAAGCUGGUAUUGAGCCCACCAGUUGUGUUCCUGUCUCAGCUUUAAUGUUUAUGAAGAUGACCCAGUUAAGGUUGUAUCAGAUACAAAUGCAACAGGGUUUACAACCUUUGCACAGAAUAUCAGACAAUAUUGGGCAGGCUUAAGUGCAGUUUGGGAAAAAUUUCAAAGUUGAAAGAUCAGAUUUUUAUGUGGUCUGUUUUGUUUCAUAUUCAAUUAGGUAAAUAUUUCAUUAAUGUUCAAAUUUGUUUUAUAAUUCUUUACCUCAUCAAAGUCAAAUGUUGCAGUAAUACUGUUGAAAGCAGAAUUAAACCCAAUCAGGCUCAGUAGGUAUUGAGAACUACACUGAUCCUGGGGACUUACAAAGUACAGUGUGGUUGAGGUCUAGUGUGAGCAGGACUAAUGUAUGCUUGCCGGAUGGAAGCCCUUCUAUCAGACAGGUUCUUGGUAGUUUUUGCAUUGCAUCACAUUUUGUUACGAGUAAGGAUUUAUAUAUUCUGAUUCAUUUCCAACUGAUGCUUGUGUGUGAUAUUUUCCCACAGGGUAACAUAUGACAAGUGCCGUAUCAUGUUUUGGGAUUUUUUACCAAUAACUCAAGUUCUCAAACUACCCCCAAAAAUAAAAAUCUGGUCUUUCACUUUUUAUUUAACCCUUACUUGGACUACAUAUGUGUGUUCCUGUUGGAUUUCUUUACUGUGUAUAACAACCAGGAUGUCAUGGUGGUGUUGAUGUUGUAUAUACUGUAUUAUAACUGGCUCUCUUGCCAGAACAAGAGGUGCAUGGGUGUCUGUUUUUAUAAUCAUAUUGAUGUGAAUGAUUUAGUCAUGGUAACGUGGAAUAAAAGUAUGACACUGG